CCAGGCGUAUCCAAGACGCAACAACCAGGCCCGCUCGACCUUUCCGGAAUCCGGAGCGGAACCCCUCCCCUCUCCCCCGCCGUCUCUUCCCCACCUCCGUCUCCUCCUCCCGCUCGGAUUGGAUUCCGCUCCCGAGCUCUAUAAGAUCCCCUAGAAGCCCCCACACCGCCGGCCAAGAACCCGCGAUGAUCCUCCGCAUCCGCAGCCGCGACGGCACGGACCGCAUCACGGUGCCGGACGGGGCCUCCGCCACGGUCGGCGAGCUGCAGCGCCUCAUAGCGGCGCGUGUGACCGUCCCCGUGACGCUCCAGCGCCUCUCCCUCGACCCCGCGCUGCUGCUCCCCGCCGCCCAGCCGCAGCUCCUCUCCGACCCGGCCACCCCGCUCGCCUCCCUCCCCCUCGCCAACGGCUCCUUCGUCUACCUCUCAUACCCGCCCGACGCGCGCUCCUCCCAGCCGCCGCCGCCCAAGGCCCUCACCGUCGCCGGCUCCUUCGGCAAGAAGAUGACCAUGGACGACCUCAUCGCGCGCCAGAUCCGCGUCACCCGCCAGGAGGCGCCACUCUGCGCCGCGGCCUCCUUUGACCGCGACUCCGCCAACGCCUUCCAGCUCUACGUCGCCGAGUCCCUCGCCUUCGCCGUCAAGCGGGCGGGAUUCCUCUAUGGCCGCGUCGACGCCGAGACCAAGGAGGUGUUCGUCGACUUCAUCUACGAGCCACCACAGAGCGGCUCCGAGGACGUGGUCCAGCUCAUGCGGGAUUCCGACGAGGAGCUCCGCGUAGAUGCCAUCGCCGACGGGCUCGGGAUGCGCCGGGUCGGACUAGUCUUCACGCAGGCAGUCGGGAGGAAGGCCAGUGAGACUGGCGAGUACACCAUGUCGAACCGUGAGGUGGUUCAGGCUGCUGAGCUGCAGGCCGAGGGUGGGAUCCCGGAGUGGGUCACUGCAAUAGUGAAGAUCAAGGUCGGCGAUGAUGGCACUGGGGAUGUGCACUUUGAGGCGUUCCAGUUGAGUGAGGUUUGUGUGAAGCUGUUUAAGGACGGGGUGCUGCAAACAGAGGUUGGGGAUUCUGACGAUCCACGCCUGUCCAAGAUGCGCAAGGAGGUGAUUGCAGGGGGCAAGGAUACUAUGGAGGUGGAUAAUGAUUUCUUCCUGGUGCCUGUCAAGAUCUCUGAUCACCAGGGUCCACUAUCGAUUGGCUUCCCUAUAGAGAACCGUGGAAGUCCUUUAGCAAUGAGCACACUCAGGAACCACCUGGAUCGUGCAAAGCAUCUUCCAUUUGUGAGGCGGAUCUCUGACUUCCACUUGCUUCUCCAGGUUACUACUUUCCUCGAUGUAAAAGCAGAUGUUCCUAUUCUAGCUGCAUGCGUAAAACACCAAGUCAAAGUGCCUGAGGGCUACCAGCUUCUGAUCGAGACCUUGGCGGGUCAAACAUAAUGGGUUUUCUGGAAACAAGACACUAUUGUCAUUUAGUUCACUCUUAUAUCAUGUGUAACUUAUGGAUGUCUCAGUUGUGUAAGUCUUGUUUAAUUCAUAUUUGCUUACCUUCGCGCAAGGGCAACAUGUUUCUUUAUGUUGUGCGAAACCUGGUCCUAUACUGGUUGAAAUUGGAGAUGCUUCUGGUGGUUGCAUUGCCUGGAUUUCGGAGGAGCGACAAUGUCGAUGCUUCAUGGCAUGCUGUGUACCCUUCAUAAAAAGAUAGUAUCAUGUUCUGCAUUCGAUGUUUGAACUAUAGGAGAUGGAUAAUGAUAUUUUGGUCAAUAUAUUGCUACUGUUACACGCU